AUGAAUCCUGAAUCAGGCGAGCGCGACCCAGACGAUGAAUCCAAAAUAAGCUUGCGAACCACGGAUCUAGUCGGCUGGGCUACACAGAUCGCGUUUGGGAUGGAGUACUUGUCGUCCAAGAACAUAUUCCAUGGAGAUCUGGCCGCUCGCAAUGUCCUGCUCUGCGAGAAAGGUGUGGUGAAGAUCGCCGACUUUGGUUUGGCUCGAGAGUUCAACCGUGUUACGUACUAUAAGAAAACUCGCAACGAUCGUGUGCCCUUCAAGUGGAUGGCUUUGGAGAGUAUCUUUGAGCAUAAGUUCAGCAUCAAAACGGAUGUUUGGUCUUACGGCGUGUUGUUGUGGGAGUUGUUCACUCUCGGAAUGCCUCCGUAUCCCACUCUGGCCGUGAACGACGAGUUCUUCCAGAAACUAAAGGACGGAUAUCGAUUGGAAAAACCGAUAACGUAA